ACCGCCAAUAAACCUCAAAGAAGAAGAAGCAGAGCUGUGACCCUUGUUUCUGAUUGUCUGUCACACAGCUGUUUAUGGUUUCAUGUUAUAUCAUGUUUUAAUGCGUCUAAAUAGAUAAAUAAGUUACAGACAUUAUACCGGAGGCUGUUUGUAAUCAAUAUAAUGUUUUACUUUUGUUUUUCUACAAGUUUGGAGAAGUGUUAGCUAGUCAGCUCACCUUCAGGUGAGACUAGCUCAGUUUGUUUGCACACCUCACAAACAAAGUGAGGUUAAUCCACAGCUCACAUUACCUAAAGGUUACAACCCAGCAUGGCUGCUUCCACAAGGCUCAUAUCAAGGUUGGCUCUGGUCACUGGAGGAGGCAGUGGGAUCGGGCGGGCGGUGUGUCAGCGCCUCGCCUCCGAGGGCGCCUCCGUGGUGGUCGCCGACCUCAAUGAGGAGUCGGCCAACGAGACCCUCGGGAGCCUCCCGAGUGGCCUGAGAGGACAGGGACACAUGGCGGCUGUGGUGGAUGUGUCGUCAAAAGAGAGCGUGAAGAAGCUGGUCACGAGUGUACAGACUCAGUACUUUCAGCCUCCCUCAGUGUGCGUGAACGCAGCAGGCAUCACCCAGGACGACUUCCUGCUCAACAUGUCGGAGGAUCAGUUUGACAAAGUCAUCCAGGUCAACCUGAAGGGUUCAUUCUUGGUCAUCCAGGCUGUCGCUCAGGCUCUGGUGGCUUGUGGAGCACCCAAAGGAUCCAUCGUUACUGUGGGCAGCAUCGUGGGGAAGGUGGGAAACAUCGGACAGGCAAAUUACGCCGCCUCUAAAGCAGGAGUGGAGGGUUUAACCAGGUCCGCCGCCAAAGAGCUCAGCAGGUUUGGGAUUCGGUGUAAUUGUGUGCUGCCGGGUUUCAUAUCGACUCCGAUGACGGAUAAAGUUCCAGAGAAGGUUAUUAGCAAGAUGACGUCCUUGGUGCCUCUGGGAAGAAUGGGAGAGCCUGCAGAGGUCGCUGAUGUCUGUGCCUUUCUAGCUUCAGAUGACUCUCGAUACAUCACAGGAGCCAGCGUGGAAGUGACAGGUGGACUUUUCAUUGGAUAAAUGGGUCGUCCGUCACACUGUUGAAGACCAAUGGGAGGCCAGUUCCUUCAUAGGUAUUGUUAAAUGAUUCUACUUGAGUCCGCUCUUCAGUCCUGAUUACUGUAGAUUAUGUUUUAUACAUCUGGUUGUGAACAUGUACUAUACAGUGUAAUGACACUUGUGUGCCAAUAAACACCUGUUUGUAAUAUUUC